UCUAACGUCAGGGUGCACUUUGUGUCACGACGCAGUGACGAUAAUUUGAUGAAUGUGUAACAAGUGGUGGUUGAUGAAGAGUUUGGUGGCGCCGCCUAAGUUUUGGAUCUAAUUGGACGUCUUCAGGAGAUAUGGUAAUUCUGCAUACCCCGUCUUCCCCUGGCAUGUCGUGCCGGGUCUACUCUAACUCCUCUUCUUCCGACUGGGACAUCAACGACAGCGCGAUACCCCGAAUCAACGAGUUCGACACAUUUUCUGAAUGGGCCGACGGCCAUUGCCGAUUGGUCUACAGAGCCGACAACGAAGACGCCAAGAGACACUCCUCCGGAUGGGCAAUGCGGAACACCAACAACCACAACGUGCACAUCCUCAAAAAAAGCUGCCUGGGAGUUCUAGUCUGCUCGCUGCGCUGCACCUUGCCGAACGGGGACAGGGUCCACUUGAGGCCAGCGAUUUGUGAUAAAGCUCGGAAGAAGCAGCAAGGUGCGACAGGUAAACCAUGCCCGAAUCGGCAGUGCACGGGAAGGUUGGAAAUUCUGGCGUGUCGAGGGCACUGCGGGUAUCCGGUGACGCACUUUUGGAGGCACACGGAUCAUGCGAUUUUCUUUCAAGCGAAGGGGGUGCACGAUCAUCCCAGGCCCGAGGCGAAGAGCACGUCGGAGGCUAGAAGGAGCUUGGGGAGCGGGAGGAGAGUGAGGGGGCUGGCGGUGCUGUUAGCGAAGGAGGCGGCACUUGGCAAUAAGCUGAUGUCGCUGCGAGAGCCGAAACGCCAGUGUCGCGAUCUGACCUCAGGCCCGCGGAACCUCAACCCUCCUCCUCUGAUCGCCGAUCAAGACAAAGGUUAUUGUUCCUGCCCGCCUUUUGAGUGUAUUUGUAAUUACCAGCCAGUUCUUCCCACAACUCUGCAACAAUACAACCCCCAUUCACCUACCUACCAACAGCCGCAAGUUCUCGACUCGUACUGGACGCAAGAACCGGCACAAGCGCAGUCGUACCCAGACGUCGCAACUCUGAACCAGCAGUACGACUUCACCAACAUUCCUGCGGAUUUGUUCCAGCCGGAGGAGAUCUUCCAGCUGGACCAACCCAUCAAGCCCGAUUUCGUCGCGACUUCGACCAGCGACAUUAAUAGAUCGCCCUCGACGUUGCUGGAUUUGGGCAGCGGUACCAUCCACAGGGAGUUCAAGUCGGAAGAGUACUGGAGCCAGAACAUCACCACCAUGAUCAACGACGACAGCAACAACAGCGGCAGCAGUCGAUUCAAUCUAAGUCAAUCCCCCGAUAAUAGUCUAAGUCUCAACAACAACUUAGUUCCUGCCAUAAACCAAAACCAGUACAUGGAAAGCGCGAAAAUUGACGAUUUGUAUGGUGUGCACAAAUCAGCGCAGAGCUACUUCCAGCAAACCAUGCUCGAUGGAGAUUACAAAACCCAACCCAACUUCGAGAUUAUCGCCGACAAUAAGGUCUACUUCGACGAAAAUAUGCAAAAUUUUGAAGCGUUCCAAAAUCCAAAGACUUAUAAACCGAAUUAUCAGGAGAAGUAUAUCGAUUUGGGGCAAUAUGCGGAGUACAAUAACUUUCUUUCGGUUUAUGAUGGUAAUAAAAUGAACGAUAGUGCCAUGUUUGGUGAUCUAGAUUUUCGAAUUAACAAUUGUGUAUCAGGUGCAAGUAGUUUACACUAUAGUCACGAAAAUUUUGAUCUUAUUUCGCAUCCGUAAUUAAGCAGUGUUUUCACGUUUUUGAGUGCCUUGUACACUAAUUGCUUUCAAUGAUCUUCAUUAUGUUAGAGUAUAUUGCUGUUGUACACAUUGUAUAUACUAUGUAUAAAUAAAGAAUAGAUUUGUGAUAUUUUAGCUCAGUUAAGUGGGCUUUAAUUUGUAGGUUUCAAGCAAUGAAUUUUAUGUUCGAACGUGUAGUAUUACUUGGAGUGCGAAGACAGGAAAUAAUAGAGAAAUAAAAGUGCAUACCACGUUAAAUUACUCGAGGUUAUAAUUAAGCUGAGGCGAGUGUUGGCCAUAAAGAAAUAAAUAGAGAAAUAA